GAUCUGGGUGAUAAAACGACACCCUGUUACCCUCCCCAACCCCAACGAGGGGUGGAAAGUAACAGGUAAGGGUAGUCGCUCCAACCGCCCCGCAGUGUCGCUGGGCCGACCACCGGGGCAAGACGCGUCAAUUCUACAUCACAGUUUUAUUUUAAAUAAAAAAAAAUAAUUGUGAAAGAUUUUGCAGCUCCAAUACCACCAAUUAACAGAUAAAAAAUCAAAGAAGAAAAGAAACUUUUAUUGACGCAAUGUGCGGGUGCCGUGUGGCGGCGUGCGUGGCCGCGCUGGCGGCGGUGAGCGUCGCGCUACCGGGCGCUGUGCUCUCGCUCGACCUCAACAAGCUCUACGGUCAUCACACCAAGAGAUCCGAGUACUGUCACCCUUACGAGCCGUUUAAGUGCCCAGUGGAUGGUAACUGCAUUUCUAUCCAGUACCUGUGCGACGGCGCUCCUGACUGCAUCGAUGGAUAUGACGAGGACUCGAAGCUGUGUACUGCAGCUAAGAGACCACCGGUGGAAGAAACUGCAUCGUUCUUGCAAUCCCUGCUGGCGUCCCACGGACCAAACUACUUGGAGAAACUAUUCGGCAGCAAGGCUCGCGACGCAUUGGAACCUUUGGGUGGUGUUGAGAAGGUCGCCAUCGCUCUCUCUGAAUCCCAGACCAUCGAGGACUUUGGCGCGGCUCUCCAUCUGAUGCGAUCUGAUCUGGAGCAUCUGCGCUCCGUAUUCAUGGCAGUUGAGAACGGCGAUCUUGGCAUGCUUAAAUCCCUCGGCAUCAAGGAUUCCGAACUCGGAGACGUCAAGUUCUUCCUGGAGAAGCUGGUCAACACCGGUUUCCUUGACUGAAUAGCGCCGGAGUCUGCCUCUGAAUACUACCACGUCGUCCAAUACGCUCCCAUCAGCUCAUCCUUCUAUAGCUAUCUUCCUUAUGACUUCUAUAAGAGGAAUUAGGAAUUCCUAACUCUCUUUUCUCUAAAUCUUUGUGCGAUUGAUGUUUGAUUCAGAUCCAAAUUCAAAUUGUACUCGUUUUUUAAAUCGAUUUCUACAACCGGCCACGUAGACUCGAUUUUUAAAACGAUUAAAUCUCAGUAUUGCCAUCUAAAAUUCUCGGUAUAAA